CGAAAACCUAAGUUAUUAGGUGAAGCUUUUAAAUUUGAUACGUGUUGUGUUCCUCCUCCUUGUCCUCGCUUUGCUCCGCUGUCAUGCUUUUACUGCCACUAACGCUCUUUUUUUCUUCCUGGCAUACAUUCGUUUACGCUGGCAGCCAAGCCAAAGGUCAGAACUGCUCCGUCAGUAACAACCGUCUCGAAAUCGGCACAUAUCAAUUUCAUAGCGACUGCGAUACGCAAACAUACUGCUCGUCCCAGGGAACUUGCGAACUGAAGGGCUGCAGGAAGGACCAGUAUCCAUUUGGGUAUGCACCAGAUGCCGAGCUCCCGCCAAAGUGUCCUUCUGGGCAGUUUUGUCCAGAUGAGGGCGAUGGAUGCCAGCCAUGGCUACCUGUUGGCAGUGCAUGUCAAUUGAAUCGUGAUGAUCAAUGCGAGCCACCUCCGAAUUGGCAGGACUUGGACGAUACUUCGAAGUACGGCCGUAACGUGAAUGGUUCCGUGUGUCUGAAUAACGUCUGCAUGUGGACAAAUGUCACAGUUGGGCUGCCUUGUCAAGUCGAGAACACUGCUUACAUAGCGUAUGCCGGAACCAACGAGUUCGUCGAUAUUGUGUCAAGAGGUAACUGUCAAGUCCACUUGUAUUGCGACGCUCAGUCGCUAGUUUGCAUCCAAGCAAAACAACUAGGAGAGACUUGUGACGCAGAUAAAGAAUGUUUGUCUUUCAACUGCGAGAGUAAUGGUGUUUGUGGCACAGGUGCCGACUCGCCGAACCACUUUGGGAUCUGGGCAUAUAGCAUGGUUGGGUUGGGUAUAUUCGGAGGCAUGUUCGCCACUCUAAUUACCUUGUUCUUGGUCCACCGCCGUCAACGUGACCAGGAACGUGAGAAGCGCCUGCAGUACUGGCGUGAACAAAAUGCCUUCCGUCAGAGCAUCAUACAGAUGAAGGAAAUGGCUCGCACCUCAAUCUUAUCUCUUCCUGGGCACAACAGUAACCGGAGUACAGUAUGCAGCCGCGCUGGUUCGGAAGAGCCAAUGCUACAGCACUCGGUCCACAAGGCGAGCGGGCUGAGACAGCAGUACAUGUCAGAUGAUAACGGGAGCAUGUACGACGACAUGAUGAUGCAGUCUGAACGGCAGUAGGUGUGGGCAUUGUGGGCAGGCGCUGGACAUUUUGAUUCUCUUAUAUGUGGACUAUUUUUUACCAUGGACUGACAGAUCUCUUCCCAUCUUAUAUUCAUCACAUCUCAUUAUACUUAGAACGAACGUUAAUCAUUGGCCACGCCGACUAGCUAUGACAGAUACAAAUAAGCGGUUGUUGGGCUGUGUAUUACAGUAUCAGGUGUGAAUCUAUGUGACGUGUGAGCUUCAUUGCACCA